ACCAACGUUUUAGGGUUCAAAGGCCCCCGGAAGAUGACGGUCAUCAUCCCCGGGAUGAACGCUGACAACGAGAGGGUGCCCAUCCGGCCCCGAAAUGAUAACGACGGCCUCCUGAUGCGGUGGCAGAACAGAAACAUGGACAACGUGAUCGAGCUGCACAACAAGGCACCGGUGUGGAACGAUGAGACCCAGUCCUACGUCCUCAACUUCCACGGCCGGGUCACCCACGCCUCCGUCAAAAACUUCCAGAUCGUGCACGGCAGCGACCCCGACUACAUCGUGAUGCAGUUCGGGCGCGUGGCGGACGACGCCUUCACCAUGGACUACAACUACCCGCUCUGCGCCGUGCAGGCCUUCGCCAUCGCCCUCUCCAGCUUCGACGGGAAGCUGGCCUGCGAGUAG